GGCUCGCUAAACCCGCGGUGUCUCUCUUGUCUUGCAGUUUUGCAUCGCCUUCUCCUGACCUGAGCAGUCGCCAUGGCACAGGCUCUUAAAGGCACCGUGGUUGCCUUCCCUGGAUUUGAUGAGCGGGCUGAUGCAGAAACUCUUCGGAAGGCCAUGAAAGGCCUGGGCACUGAUGAGGAGAGCAUCUUGACUCUGUUGACAUCCCGAAGUAAUGCUCAGCGCCAGGAAAUCGCCGUGGCUUUUAAAACUCUAUUUGGCAGGGACCUUCUGGAUGACCUGAAAUCAGAACUGACUGGAAAAUUUGAAAAAUUAAUCAUGGCUCUGAUGAAACCUUCUCGGCUUUAUGAUGCCUAUGAACUGAAGCAUGCUCUUAAGGGAGCUGGGACAGAUGAAAAAGUACUGACGGAAAUUAUUGCUUCAAGGACACCUGAAGAACUGAGAGCCAUAAAACAAGUUUAUGAAGAAGAAUAUGGCUCAAGCCUGGAAGAUGACGUGGUGGGAGAUACAUCAGGGUACUACCAGAGGAUGUUGGUGGUUCUCCUUCAGGCUAAUAGAGACCCUGAUGCUGGAAUUGAUGAAGCACAAGUUGAACAAGAUGCUCAGGCUUUGUUUCAGGCUGGAGAACUGAAAUGGGGGACAGAUGAAGAAAAGUUUAUUACCAUCUUUGGGACACGAAGUGUGUCUCAUUUGAGAAGGGUGUUUGAUAAAUACAUGACUAUAUCAGGAUUUCAAAUUGAGGAAACCAUUGACCGAGAGACUUCUGGUAAUUUGGAGCAACUACUCCUUGCUGUUGUGAAAUCUAUUCGAAGUAUACCUGCCUACCUUGCAGAAACCCUCUACUAUGCUAUGAAGGGAGCGGGGACGGAUGAUCAUACCCUCAUCAGAAUCGUGGUGUCCAGGAGCGAGAUUGAUUUGUUUAACAUUAGGAAGGAGUUCAGGAAGAAUUUCGCCACCUCUCUUUACUCCAUGAUUAAGGGUGAUACGUCUGGGGACUAUAAGAAAGCCCUCUUGCUGCUCUGUGGAGGAGAGAACGACUGAGGUACCAGCUGGAGAGAGAUCCUGCGCUGAGCUGGCCACAGCCGCCGCGACGCUGGCGACCUUCCUCAGCCUCUCACUGUGCUUGCUUGUAUGCCCGUGCCUGACGCAUUGCCUUAUUCAUAGUAGCGUGCUAAUGACCAAAACAUACAUGUUGCAGAAGAAAAAUAGCGGUGCUUCUUGCUGAUGUUCAGUAAAGCUCUUUCUCUUUGUCUUUUGUAGUACUGAAGCGUACUUACGUUACUAAAGUCUAAAGCCUGGGUCAUUUAGAUUUUCUUUUAAGAGAUCCGACUGCUUUUAGCCUUUUUAAAAAACUUCAUUUAUAUUAAAUUGAUAACUGUAUUUCCUUAAUCGGAACCUUAGCCUUAAAAUGAUGAACUCCUGGAAGUGUUAUUAAUCAAGUUUGCUACUAAACUAAACCUGAAAAAUUACGGUGGUUGCAUUAAAAGAUUAAUGAGAAAUAAACAUUUCCUUCCCCCUGAC